AUGGUUGGGGGCCUGAAGUCUGCAACAUCUUACAACUGCUCUGUCUAUACUGCCAACAUCGGUGGAAUGGGGGCGAGCAGCAAAGUUUGGACAAUCACGACGUUUUUAAGGAAGACCAUAAACACCUCCGUGGACUACGGGUGUGACAAAAGUAUUGCAACGGUGACGUGGGGGAAGGUCUCCGAGGCCGAAUCCUUUCGGGUCGUGGCUGUCGACAGCCACAACACGAGCCUGUCCUGCACCACCCAGUCUACGAGCUGCGAGAUCACGGGCGUGCGGUGCGGCCAGUGGUACACAGUACACGUCACUGCCGUCUCCAGCAAAUGCAAUAGCAUGACCUACAGCCCCGUCUUCUUUGAGACAGCGCCGUGUGCCCCGACCAGUGUGAACGUGUUCCGCGAGUGUUCCAGCAACUUGAUCAUAUUAUCCUGGGCACCCACCAACAAUACUGACUACUACAAGGCCACCAGCGUGGACUCCUUCGGAAAGCCCAUGACCUGCGUGACCGGUGAAACCGCCUGCUUUUUCACCAACACUGUCUGCGGCCGCGGUUACCAGUUUACUGUCUAUGCCACGAGAGGGAUAUGCAACAGCAAGGAAAGCGUUACGGCCUUUGUGAAAACAGCCCCCUGUGAACCGGACAACGUGUGGAUUACUUCGGAAUGCUACUCCGACACCCUGGUCAACAUCUGGGACAUGGCUGCUGGCGCCAAGCUGUAUAGGGUGGAAGCCAUGGGAAACACGCCCACUCGCAACAUGUACAGCUGCACCUCUACCGGCAACAACUGCUCUUUUUCUGGGGUGCAGUGUGGCGAGAGCCUGUCGGUGUGGAUCACCACCUCGGAUGAGGACUGCUCCAGCGGAAAAGCUCUUGGAAAAGUGGGCACGACGGUGCCCUGCAUCCCCCAGAAUGUGUCUGCGGUUCUGGAUUGUGCCAGCAACUCCAUCACAAUGCACUGGGAGUACAGUCACGGUGCAAACUUCUACAUCGGCUCGGUCGUGGGGAGGAACGGCACGAAGCUCACCUGCAAUACUACAGACACACACUGCGUCAUCCAGGGCCUAUCCUGCGGACAGAACUACUCUGCCCACGUGAUCGCCGAGAACAAAAAGUGCAAGAGCAACGAGAGCAUGCGUGUCAUCACAGGAACUGGUCCGUGCUAUUCGGGGAACAUCACGGCAGAUGUAGACUGCAAAGCCAAUGCGUUCAACGUGCAGUGGACGAUGUCUUCAAGCAAGUACUGGUACACGGCUUUGGCCGCAAGCCAUGACGGUCACAAGGCCUCCUGCAGCACCAACAAUACAUCCUGCAUCAUCCAGGACCUGCAGUGUGGCCAGAUCUACAGCGUUACAGUCGUCAUCUCCAACACAAGUGGAAGCAUCAGCUCCCCCUACCAGAUCCAGUCAGUUCCCUGCAUCCCAACCCUCAGUGAUGUGAAAGUGAACUGCCACUCAAAUUUUGCCUUGGUUCAGUGGAAGAAGUCCAUGGGGGCUAAACAGUACAAAGCUGUUGCAGAGAAUGCCCAGGGGAACACCACGUACUGUAGCACUUCCAACAGCAGUUGCAUUGUCUCAGGGUUGCAGUGUGGGCAGCUGUAUAGCGUCACGGUGAUUGCUUCUGACCAGCAAUGCAACAGUGGCCCCAGCAAUGCCAUCCAGCCAGGGAUCGGUGAGGAUGGCAACUAUACCUAA